AUGGACGAUAAAACGUCCCUCAAGGAACUAGACCAAUGGAUUGAGCAGCUGAACGAGUGCAAACAGUUGACCGAGAGCCAAGUGAAGUUCCUGUGCGACAAGGCAAAAGAAAUUUUGACUAAAGAGUCUAAUGUACAAGAAGUAAAAUGUCCGGUGACAGUAUGCGGGGAUGUGCACGGACAGUUCCACGACCUAAUGGAACUGUUUCGAAUAGGUGGAAAGUCCCCAGAUACAAAUUACCUGUUCAUGGGAGAUUAUGUUGAUCGUGGUUAUUAUUCUGUUGAAACUGUUACAUUAUUGGUUGCAUUAAAGGUACGAUACCGUGAAAGAAUAACAAUUCUUAGGGGUAAUCAUGAAAGUCGACAGAUUACACAAGUUUAUGGCUUCUAUGACGAAUGCUUACGAAAGUAUGGUAAUGCGAACGUAUGGAAGUUUUUCACCGACCUGUUUGACUAUCUCCCAUUGACUGCACUUGUUGACGAACAGAUUUUCUGUCUUCACGGUGGGCUGUCUCCAUCCAUUGACACGCUAGAUCAUAUUAGAGCAUUAGAUCGUAUGCAAGAAGUCCCUCAUGAAGGUCCUAUGUGUGAUCUAUUAUGGUCAGACCCUGAUGAUCGUAUUGGUUGGGGCAUAUCACCUAGAGGGGCCGGUUAUACGUUCGGUCAAGAUAUUUCAGAAACAUUCAAUCAUUCGAAUGGUCUGACACUUGUUUCCAGAGCUCAUCAACUUGUGAUGGAAGGUUAUAAUUGGUGUCAUGAUCGUAAUGUAGUAACAAUAUUUUCGGCCCCUAAUUAUUGUUAUCGGUGUGGUAACCAAGCAGCUAUUAUGGAACUAGACGACGGCUUAAAAUACUCAUUUUUGCAAUUCGAUCCAGCACCAAGACGCGGCGAACCACACGUCACCCGUAGGACACCAGAUUAUUUCUUAUAA